AUGAAGGAGUUGGCGGCUUCGCUUGAGACGAUACACUUCGCAUUCUGGGAACCCCCCAUUUCGAUCAAGAGUAUAGCUGCUCUGCGGAUAGGGCCGCUCUUGAGGGCUGCAGGGGCCUCUCUGCGCGACUUGUCCCUCUCCUUCUACGGGGUCGAUCUGGAUGCUGCUGAAGCAUCCAGAUUAAUCGCGUCAAAUGUCGAUAUCAGCAUGAACACAAAAUUGGAGAAUCUGCAGAUCGGCAUUCAGAUAGGUGGUCGAGUGGAAGAUGGUGCUGCUGUGCAAGGCUGUACCUGGAUGAGCUCCCUUCUGACGAAUGUCUCACCAUUAUCCCUGAGAAAGCUAACAUUACUCAUCGAUAUCCGUUGGAGAUGGAAGGGUGUUCAAGCGGCACUAUGCAAUAUCGUCCUGGCGUAUCUGAGCACCGAUGAGUGCACACGCAUUGAUGGGCUUUUGUCCGAUAAGAAGUUCGAAAAACUGGAGGAGGUGAAAAUACAGCUUUACGGAACGGCGGGCACGCUGACGCUGGACGAGAAAUGGUGGAACACAACUAUACCUCCCCUCUUUCCAAAACUGUGUGCGCAGAAUAUUUUGAGGUGA